UGAUUAUAUCAAAUUUAUGAACCUACAAAGCUGAGGACUGCCCGCUGAGCUUCAGUACUCACACUGUGAAGGGAAAGCAACAUGGGAAACGAUCAUUCCAAACCUGAACCAGACAAUAACAGACAAAGAAUCCACUCCAUGGCAGCCCCAGCAGUGACCUGUGCACCCUGCCUCUCUGGCCACCUCAACAAAGAACAUUUGGUCUUGGCCUUUUUUGCUGGAGUCCUACUGACCCUGCUGCUGAUGGCCCUUGUCCUCCUUAUCACAAAGAGCUGCAGAAAAUGUCACUCCAGUCCCCGGGCCCUGGAUCCUCACUCGGAUCCUCCAGCCACGGUUUCAUCCCCAGAGGAGGCACUUACCUAUGCCAGCAUGACUUUCAAAAUCUCGAAAGAAAGCAGCGAUUCCCUGACCAUGAACCAUUCUGCAGAUGCGGACCCUGUUGUCUAUGCUCAGAUUAAGGUGACAGACUCACGUCGCCUUUCCAGGGAAGCCUGAGUCCCUUUCCUCUCAUCUCAGCUCUGCUGUCUUCAUACAUCACUUUCUCUUUUAACAAAUUUUGGACGACAGCCUGGAUGAAACCACAGUCAGAGUUGUUUGGGUGUGAUCGGGCAAUGCUAGCCAGCUGUUUUGAAGACCAAGGGUCAGUCUUUUUCCCAGCCUGAGAAAAGAUUGCUGGCCCUCCCACUUGGAUGAACAGCCUGUUAGCCCCUUGAGGGCUGAAACUGCCUUCUUUGUCUACUUCCAAGUGUGUGGUACAGAGCUCAGGGCACAAACAGUGUUCCCUCAGCAUCACUGAUCAACUUGGGAGAAGUCAACCAAAUGAACAAUCUA